AUGUCCUCCACAGAAGCAGACCCAAACCCCGCCGACAUCGCUGUGCGCGAGACCGAAGAAAAAGCCCGCAAGGCUGCCGAAGACGCCGAGCAGGCGAACCUCCCCUACAAAUGGACACAGACGAUCCGCGAUGUCGACGUUACGAUCCCUGUACCGGGAAACAUCAAGGGUCGCGAUCUGGAUGUUGUUCUUACGAAGACGAAGAUCAAGGUUGCGAUUCGGGGGCAGGAGGCUUUUAUUGAGGGCGACCUAGCGCACCCGAUCAAAGUCGACGAGUCCUCAUGGACGCUCGAGACGACGUCGCAUCCCCCCGGCAAGGAGGUCUCUGUGCACCUGGACAAAGUGAAUCAGGUAGAAUGGUGGGCGCAUGUUGUAACAAGCGCGCCCAAGAUCGACGUUAGCAAGAUUACGCCGGAGAACUCGAAACUGAGUGAUUUGGACGGCGAGACCCGGGCGAUGGUCGAGAAGAUGAUGUAUGACCAGCGGCAGAAGGAGAUGGGUGGGCCGACGAGCGAUGAGCAGCGGAAGAUGGAUAUCUUGAAGAAGUUUCAGGCGGAGCAUCCUGAGAUGGACUUUUCGAAUGCGAAACUUGGUUAG